AUGGACGUAGAAUUUAAAUACGACUUUUUCGUCAUUGGUGGUGGUUCUGGAGGUUUAGCAGCUGCUAAGGAAGCUGCUUCCUUUGGAGCAAGAGUAGCUGUGGCUGACUUUGUCAAGCCUUCUCCUGUUGGCACAAAAUGGGGUUUAGGAGGUACUUGUGUUAAUGUCGGUUGUAUUCCUAAGAAGCUUAUGCACUUUGCCGCCUCAUACGGUGAAAGUCAUGAAGCUUAAAAGAAUAUGGGUUGGACUGAAAUCAAGGAAAAAAACAAACAUGAAUGGUAACCUAUGGUUGAAAGGGUUUAAGCUCAUAUCAAGAAAUUGAAUUGGGGUUACAAGGUUGAACUCGCUGAAAAGGAAGUCAAGUACUACAAUAGCUUGGCUAGUAUAGUAGGCAAGAAUACAAUUGAACUUACUAACAGAAAGGGAGAAAAGGAAUAAGUUACUGCUAAGUACAUUUUGAUUGCUGUUGGUGGUAGACCAACAUUCUUAGAUAUUCCUAAUACUGAAAAGUUAGUCAUUACUUCUGAUGAUAUCUUUUCUAUGUAAAACCCUCCUGGAAAAACAUUAGUCGUUGGUGCUUCCUAUAUAGCCUUAGAAUGUGCAGGUUUCUUAGCUGGUUUUGGUUAUGACGUUACUGUCAUGGUUAGAUCAAUUCUCUUAAGAGGUUUUGACUAAGAAAUUGCUGAAAAAAUUGGUGAAUACAUGGCAAGACACGGAACCAAAUUCAUCCGUGGUACUGUACCUCACCAUAUUGAAGCUACUCCUGAUGGCAGAAGACGUGUAGUUUGGAAAUCUCCAGUAGAAGGUUAGGGAGAUGUUGAAGAAAUUUUCGACACUGUUAUGCUAGCAAUUGGAAGAACAUCUGAUACCAAGAAUAUCGGUGUAGAGACUAUGGGUAUUAAAACAAAGCCCAAUGGAAAAAUUAUUGCUAACGAUGACGAUACCACUAAUGUUGAAAAUAUUUUCGCUAUUGGUGAUUGUGUAGACAAGAGACCAGAAUUGACUCCUACUGCUAUUAAGGCUGGAAGACUUUUAGCUCGUAGAUUGUUCAAUGGUGACACUAAACUCAUGGAUUACAACUCCAUUCCAACUACUGUUUUCACUCCUAUUGAAUAUGGUACCAUUGGUUUAUCUGAAGAAGAUGCCAAGACUAAAUAUGGAGAAGAUAACAUUAAAGUUUAUUACUCAAUUUUCACUCCUCUUGAUUGGUCAUACUCUGACCAUAAGCAUGAUGACAAGGGUCACGCCAAGUUGAUUGUCAAUAAGGCUGAUGACGAGCGUGUCGUUGGUUUCCAUUAUCUUGGUCCUCAUGCAGGUGAAGUUACAUAAGGUUUUGCUAUUGCCUUCAAGUUUAAGGCAACUAAAGCUAACUUUGAUGAUGUCGUUGGUAUUCAUCCUACAUAUGCUGAAGAAUUCACAACUUUGAAGAAUGUCAAAGGAGAGGGUGAAGCCUAAGAAUCAGGCUGCUGAGGUUGA